CGCGGCGCCCCCGCUCCAGCUCUCAGGCCUCGAACAGCAGCACCCCUGCGAGCACGUGGUGGGGAAGGGUCGUGAGGAGCGGGACCGUGCCGCACCGGAGCCCUUCCCAUGGAUGAGGAACACGAGAGCCCAGCCGCAGGUGCCCCCAGCCCCAGACACAGAAGUGAGCGGCAAUGAAAUCGUGAGGAGCGCAGAGCUUGGAAAGGAUGCGGUGUGAGCAGUGUGCGAGGCGAGCGCGUGCGCGCAGUGUCCGGCUGACCGUCGGCCUCCAUCCUACCGCAGGUGCGCCUUUCCAGGAGGACCUGGAGGAGAGCAGGCGGAGCCGCACGGCCUACAGCCGAAGGCAGCUGCUGGAGCUUGAGAAGGAGUUCCACUUCAACAGGUACAUCUCGAGGCCCCGCAGGUACGAGCUUGCGGCCACGCUGAACCUCACCGAGAGGCACGUCAAGAUCUGGUUCCAGAACCGCAGGAUGAAGUGGAAGAAGGAGGAGACGAGGAGGAUGAAGGACUCGGGUGCGGAGCAGGAGCAGCAGGAGCAGCAGCAGCUGGAGGAACAGGAGCCGAGUGCUCGAAAACAGGGAGGCGGAGAAAUGACGGCGCCCCGGUGAAAUAUGACGGACUGCAGAGCGCAAGAUGUUCCUGCGGCAGCGGCAGCGGCAGGAAGAAGAGCUUCACGCUGAAAAUGGCUGAGAGGACGCAGCUGCGGCGUUUCUCUCGCUUUUACAGGGCUGGCAAAGUGCGAAAGAUGGGAUGAGUUACACCUUCCUUCCUCACGAAGAGAACUAGCACAGGUUCUGAAAUGAUGAAAU